AUGGCUUCCUCAGAGAUCAUUGACCACUCCCCGCACCACCCGGAGCCGGUGGCGCCGAUCCCCACGGCGUCCAAUCUCAUCCUCAUCGACAAUUACGACUCCUUCACCUGGAAUGUCUACCAGUACCUCGUCCUGGAAGGUGCGACAGUCACCGUGUUCAGGAACGACCAGAUCACCUUGGACGAGCUCAUUGCCAAGAAUCCAACGCAGCUUGUCGUGAGUCCGGGCCCCGGACAUCCCAUCACGGACUCGGGGAUCAGUCGCGAUGCCAUCCGCCACUUCGCCGGCAAGAUCCCGGUGUUCGGCAUCUGCAUGGGACAGCAAUGCAUCUUUGAUGUCUAUGGAGGCGAUGUCAGCUCUGCGGGGGAGAUCCUUCACGGCAAGACCUCUCCCUUGACCCACGAUGGAAAGGGCGUCUACGCUGGGAUGGCGCAGGGUCUUCCCGUCACCAGGUACCACUCUUUAGCUGGCACUCGUGUUACGCUCCCGCCGGCUCUCGAGGUGACCUCCUGGAUUCCAAAGGAGGAUGGCACUCAUGGAGUUAUCAUGGGUGUCCGCCACAAGGAGUACACCAUCGAGGGAGUCCAGUUCCACCCCGAGAGCAUCCUGUCUGCCGAGGGCCGGACCAUGAUCAAGAACUUUCUCCGCAUGCAAGGAGGUACCUGGAAGGAGAAUGAGCGGUUGCAGGAGGCCGCCAAGGCCGCAUCGGCUCCCAGCGCAAAGCCUGCUUCUGUAAAGCCAAAGGGGAACAUCCUGCAACAGAUCUACACUCGCCGUAAGGAGCUGGUGGCUGCCCAGAAACUGGUCCCGUCGCAGAGGCCAAGUGACCUUCAAGCUGCCUACAACCUCAACUGUGCUCCUCCACAGAUCUCCCUGCUAGACCGCCUACGCCAAUCACCCUACGACGUGUCUCUUAUGGCUGAGAUUAAGCGUGCCUCUCCGUCAAAGGGCGUUUUUGCGAUGGACAUCGACGCCCCCUCCCAGGCCCGCAAAUAUGCUCUUGCGGGCGCCAGUGUGAUCUCUGUGCUCACGGAGCCCGACUGGUUCAAGGGUAGCCUAGAAGACCUCCGGGCUGUCCGGCAGGUAUUGAACGGCCUGCCGAACCGGCCUGCCAUCCUCCGCAAAGAAUUCAUCUUUGAGGAGUACCAGAUCCUGGAGGCAAGGCUAGCUGGUGCCGAUACUGUGCUACUCAUUGUCAAGAUGCUCGAGACAGACUUGCUCACCAGGCUGUACAACUAUUCCCUGUCUCUGGGCAUGGAGCCCCUCGUGGAAGUCCAGAACGCCAAGGAGAUGUUGGUUGCUGUUGAACUCGGGGCCAAGGUCGUCGGUGUCAACAACCGUAAUUUGGAGAGCUUCGAGGUCGAUCUCAACACCACAAGCCGCCUGAGGAGCAUGGUUCCCAAGGAGACAAUCAUCUGUGCCCUCAGUGGUAUCAACUCUCACCAAGAUGUCUUGGCCUGCAGGAACGACGGCAUCAAUGCCGUUCUUGUUGGCGAGGCCAUCAUGCGGGCGCCCGAUGCUUCUCAGUUCAUCAGGCAACUCUGCGCAGGCGAGACGGCAUCGCCAAAGCCGCCAAAAGUUGAGCCUCUGCUCGUCAAAAUUUGUGGCACUCGAAGUGCCGAGGCAGCUGCAGAGGCAGUCAAAGCUGGUGCUGACAUGAUUGGCAUGAUCCUCGUCCCUGGCUUGAAGCGAUUGGUGUCGGACGAGACAGCUCUUGCAAUCUCACAGGCCGUUCACCAAAACUCAACAGCCCAGGCUCCUCAAGCGGCUAUUUCAUCAGGGGUGAGCAACACAGCGACCGACUUCUUCAGUUUGGCGAGGCAGAGUCUGUGCAGAGGUCGGACCCUCCUCGUGGGUGUAUUCCUAAACCAGCCUUUGGCAGAGAUCCUGGAGAAGCAAAAGCGAUACCAGCUCGAUGUGGUUCAGUUACAUGGCGAUGAGCCUGUAGAAUGGGCGAGCCUCAUUCCCGUCCCUGUGAUCCAUAAGUUCAAGCCCGGUCAGCCGGGCCUUGCCCUCCGAGGUUAUCACACCGUUCCUCUCCUCGAUUCUGGGUAUGGGUCAGGCAAGCUUCUGGACAUGUCUGCUGUCCAGACCGAUCUCCUCCGGGACAAGGAGCUUACUGUGGUGCUUGCCGGCGGAUUGAACCCUGAAAAUGUGGCAGAGACGGUUGCUGCUGUCGGUGCUGAAUCUAGUAGGAUUCUGGCUGUAGAUGUUAGCAGUGGAGUUGAGGUCGACGGGAAGCAGAGCCUCGAAAAGAUUCGGGCCUUUAUCAAGGCAGCUAAAAGUAUAAGAUAG